AUGGGCAUGUGCUUUGGCAAUAGAGCAAGGUUCCCAUCACUUAGAAGAGGGCCUGUUAGAAAUUCUCACAGCUGGCAGUCAUAUAAGUUGCCCAUUCUAGAACAGAGACUGUGGAACACAGUAAAGACUACUCUUGGGAGAAAGCAGGGAAGAGUCUCAGACAAGUGGUGGAAAUCUUACAGUCUGCAAAACCGACUGAAAGGUGACAUAGAAGCUGGAGAUGGGCGGUGGAGAGAGAGAUUCAACUUUCCAGUUUCCCAAUCUAGAAAUAUUAGUAAGAACCAACAACAGCAACUUAAUAGGCAAAAGAAUAACGAUCAGCCCCCCACCAAGAUGAAGAUUGUUGCUCACAAGAAGAAAGAAAGAGGACAUUGCUAUAAUUCAUCUGCAGCUACACAGCAGGCUGUACACAAUGGGGGGAAGAAUGGGCAUUUCCCAAAUAAUCCAAAUUGGAAUUCCAAUUUAGUUUUGAAAUCCCAAACUAAUCAGAACUAUGCUGGCGCCAAAUUUAGUGAGCCUCCAUCACCGAGUGUUCUGCCUAAACCUCCCCGCCACUGGGAUCCAGUUUCCUUGAAUCCUUCUGAUAAAGAAAUAAUGACCUUUCAACUGAAAACCUUACUUAAAGUCCAGCUGUGA